AUGGGUUACAAGGAAACCCCAUAUGGACCGAAAAUGUCCCUUUACAAGUUGGAGCAAACAUAUGUGUUUUGUGUAGUCUUCGGCCGUUGCGUGGUGUCGCAUAAGUCUAUCAACGUCGGUAACCUCGCUGAUUGGCUGUUCGUCCAAGUCUGCCACGCUGCUGACAUGCUUGAGCUUGUGCAGUACAUGCAAGAUAAGGACCUCUGUCGGAAAACCGGCUUGACGGCGAGCAUACUUUGCCAGUUACAUAUCAGUCAACUGCAGCUUUGUUUCAGCAGGACCAAAGGAAGCCACGGUCGCAAUCGUUGCAGCCAAUUAUCGGAAAUAAUUUGUCCCCUCAUGCUGCUGGACGUACCCUUUUUAUUUCUGCGGCUCAAACUGUAUUAUUCCUAUGAGUAUAUUAACUUUCAGCUCGUCUUCUACACCAUGAAAAACAUGGGUUUCAUUCUUGCAACGUUGAUUGAUGCCAUUUUAGUUGUUGUGUACAAAAAAUAA